GAAAACCCAUUGUUGAAGAGUAAAGCGAGAUGAGAGAGCGAGACAGACCGAGGGAGCGAGGUAGCGGACGACGAAGAUCAUGGGACCAGCACAGAGCACAGAGCACAGAGCGAGGGUCGAAGAAGCACCAGAAGGUAUAACGGAGCAACCAACUGGAAUAGAGGCCGUCAGAGAUAAGGGUAUGAAGGUGGAUACGAUCGAGCCCUUUACAACCAAGCAACGCCCCCAGAGAAAGAAGAAGGAAGGUAGUAGGUUUGGGUUUGUGCGCUUCCUGGACAUCAAGGAUGAGAGGAGCCUAGGGAGACAAUUAGAUCAGAUCUGGAUUGGCAACCAAAAGCUCAAAAUCCACCCUCCUCGUUUUAACACUCAAAUAACACCGGUACACCCCAAACACCAUACCAACAUUGCAGGGAACCCAAAACCAAGCUACGCGGAGGUAGUACAAGGCACUGGAAGUAGAGGUGACGACUGGACAGCCAAUAAAGCCAGAUCAGUAGAGAUUGUGCCCAUACUUCAAGAAAGACUAUACAUGGAGGGGCUUUUCUCAAUCAAGCUUCGAGCAAUGGGUGGGAAACUUGUCCUUAUGGACUGUGAUGAUAAAGAGGAAUUGAAAGAACUGGUUAGGUCAGCAAAAGAUUGGCUGGGGCAGUGGUUCGUCAACAUUAAACAUUGGACCCCCAAGAUGGUUGCCACGGAGAGAUUUGUUUGGCUGAAGUGCUAUGGAGUUCCUCUUCAUGCAUGGGGUCCUGACUUCUUCAUCUCAAUUGCAAAUCUAUGGGGGAAUUUUAUCACCCUAGACGAAAGCACUAGCUCUAAAAAGAGGUUUGAUGUUGCAAGGUUUUUGAUCUCCACAUCAGAAACAGGCCUAAUCUCUAAAACUCUUACAUACAAAAUUAACGGCCACAUGUACUGCAUAAAGUGCAAAGAGGAGGAGACAACAAAUGGGUGCUUCUCUUUAAAAGCAGACUUCCAACCAAUCUCCCCAUCAAACUCUGAGGAAGAUUGCAGUGAAUCUUGGUCCUCCGACUAUCCAUCCGAAGACACUCAAAGAUUUGGCCAGAAUGGAGUCAUGCAUGGCGGUGACUCUAACCCGGCAUCCGAUGAAGACGACGACGAUUUUCAUCACUCAAAUAGCCUAGCGAAUCUGGAAAAUAAUUCCAAGAGUAAGGCUGAUCUUGAGCAGCGAUUGGAAGAGGACUUAGGUGAGGAUGAUGAAAUAAACUCUUUCUGGUAUGGAUUAGCUAGUGAUUAUGAGAUAAUUAAAGAAAGAACAAGCCGAGAUGCAAGGAAGAAGCAGAGAAGGAAGAAGAAGAGCAAGAGAAUCAGAUCGUGCCAAGCGGUGUACAAGGAUUCCAAUCCAACAAUGACUGUUGAGGUUCAGAAGAUGGGUCAUGGACGGUCAAGUUUAUUAAAGGAAUUGGGAGAAAAAGUCCCUGAAUUCUACCUAAAGGACACCAACUCUGUAGCGGGGGCAUCAAUUACAGAUAGUGCUAUUGAAAACUGCAACAGAGGGUUUCAUAAUAAGGAUAGAGUCACUUCAGCUUUAGAUGCGUGGAAUCUCAUCAAGGAUAUGAGUUUGGCUGCUGAUGGGAAUGAAGAUGAAAUCAUCAAAAAGAUUGAGUUGAUGGAGUAGAGAGACAUUAAUGCUAAAAAACAAGCACUGGAAAGGAAUACGGUGAAUGGUGGUGAAUGGGGUUUGAGGAGAUCACUCUCUGAUCAUUGUCCAGUGUUGUUGAGAGAUUCAAAGAUUAAUUGGGGCCCUAAGCCCUUUAAAUGCUUCAAUAGCUGGAUUGACAAGCCAGGCUUCCAUGAAAUGAUAAUAGAUACAUGGAGAACAGCUGAUGUUCAAGGAUGGAAAGGCUACUGUCUUAAGGAGAAAAUCAAGCUUGUAACGAAAAGGCUUAAGGAAUGGAGUGAGAAUGAUCGUAUGAGGCUAGAUCAGAGCAUUGCUGAAAGCAAAGAUAAAAUUGAAGCACUUGA